UCGUCCACCUAACUCAUAAAAUAAGAUAUUGAUUGAUUGAUUGAUUCACACAACUCAACUAACACACUCCUCGAUCAAUUUCUUCUGAAAUCAAAAAUAAAAUCCCCAACAAAUUCCCUCAGAUCUCCUCCAGUUGAUAUUUCUCUGUAAUUUCAACAUCCAACAAUUAGCAAAUGGAUAGAGAAUCCCCAUCAGACGAAGAAGAAGAUAAACAAACCCUAAUUCAUUCACACGAAAGAACUUCCAAAAACAUGAAUACCACAUCAACUUUCGAAAUUGGGGAUCUUCAGAACAAGGUUUUUCAUUCCGCCAGUAGCAUCCGAUUCAAUAAGAGGUAUUUGUUAGCGAUCUGUCUUCUUCCUGUUGUUUUAAUUCUUUAUUUUUCAAUUGAUGUUGGAAAUUUGUUUCGUAAUGUUACUAGUACUAGUAGUGAUUUGUCGAAUCGAAUGAGAGAAGCUGAGUUACGAGCUUUGUAUAUGUUAAGAGAACAACAAUUAGGGCUUUUACAUUUGUGGAAUCACACUACAUUGGUUCAUAAUGAUAAUAACACGGUUGCGGCGACGGCUAGAAAUGAGCUUGAAGAAUUUACAUCUGAGAUUUUGAAGCAGAUUAGAGUAAAUAAAGAGAUUCAACAAGCAUUGUUGUCGUCUCAUCGAGUAGGGAGUAAUUCGUCGGAGGAGGUGUUUGAUGGGAAUGUGCUAGGGGCGGGGUCUCGUGUUGGUAGGUGUAGGAAAGUGGAUUAUGGGUCGGAGAGAAGGGCGAUUGAGUGGAAACCCAAACCGAAUAAGUAUUUGUUUGCCAUAUGUGUGUCGGGACAAAUGUCGAAUCAUUUGAUUUGUUUAGAGAAACAUAUGUUUUUUGCUGCUUUAUUAGACAGGGUACUGGUGAUUCCGAGUUCGAAAGUCGAUUAUCUGUAUAGCCGGGUGUUGGAUAUUGAGCAUAUUAAUAAGUGCUUUGGGAGGAAAGUGGUGGUUUCCUUUGAAGAGUUUGCGGAAACGAAGAAGAAUCAUUUGCAUAUAGAUAGGUUUAUUUGUUACGUUUCGUUGCCUCAGCCUUGUUAUGUGGAUGAUGAGCGUAUCAAGAAGUUGAAAGGAUUGGGGUUGUCUAUGGGGAAGCUUGAAACUGCUUGGGUUGAUGAGGAUAUUAAGAAACCGAAUAAAAAGGUUGUUGGAGAUAUUACAGCCAAGUUCUCUUCUAAUGAUGAUGUGCUUGCAAUAGGAGACGUAUUUUAUGCUGAUGUGGAAGAAAAGUGGGUAAUGCAGCCUGGUGGUCCGCUUGCUCACAGCUGCAAGACAUUGAUUGAACCAAGUAAGCUUAUUAUGCUUACAGCUCAGCGUUUUAUCCAGACUUUCUUGGGGAAGAACUUCAUUGCUCUUCAUUUCCGUCGACAUGGAUUCCUGAAGUUCUGCAAUGCUAAAACUCCGAGUUGCUUCUUCCCCAUUCCUCAAGCAGCGGAUUGUAUUACACGAGUGGCCGAGAGAGCUGCUGCACCAGUCAUUUAUCUUUCAACAGAUGCAGCAGCAAGUGAAACUGAUCUUCUUCAGUCACUAAUUGUGGUGAAUGGGAAGGCUGUUCCACUUGUCAAGCGACCAGCUCGAAAUAUUGCUGAGAAAUGGGAUGCUUUACUAUACAGGCAUGGCAUAGAAGGAGAUAGUCAGGUUGAAGCAAUGCUGGAUAAGACAAUUUGUGCUAUGGCUUCUGCCUUCAUUGGGGCAUCAGGGUCGACAUUCACCGAGGACAUAUUAAGGCUUCGGAAAGAUUGGGGGUCUGCAUCAGUUUGUGAUGAAUAUCUUUGCCACGACGAGCUACCAAACUUCAUAGCAGACAAUGAAUAAGGAAGAAGUAAUAUAGUUUGCAACUGAGUUUAAUUGUCAGAAGAUUGGUCUUUGUAUUCUUUAUGUUCCUCAUUCUAGAAGGAGAAAUGAGACGGAGAAGUUCUGAAGAUGGCUGAUGGUUUUCGCUUGCAGAUCACAGUGCAAUUUGGAUGUACCUUUUUUUUUGUGUGUAUAACUGUAAAAACACUGUAAUCUACGCACUGGAAAACCGGUUGUUGUCGAUAGGAGUCUUAUCUCAUUCACUCUCCAUGUAAUGCUCUGAUCAUUUAUUUACCUCUGUUGUAUGUAACGUGAUCGACUGGUCGAAGGCCAUUACUGCUA